UCUGAUAUUUUUCUCUUAUCUGAAGUCAUCAUUCCAGAAUAGUUUAUAUUUGUGGAGAACAUAUCAGGGCCAAACAUAUUCAGACUAAGACCAUAUUCGUUGAACCCAUAAAACUCUUGGGGAGUAGUGUUGAGUUACUGUCCUGAUCUAGAUCUGAUUGAAUAUGGGGAAGUCUUUGCUCCUUUUGCCUUGGCUUUGCAGUUCUCACCAUUAUCAUACAAGCUGAUCUCCAACUUAACAAAGAGGCCACGAUUUCCAACUAUCUGUUAGAUAUUACCAUCCCAAUAUUUCCUGGAAAUCUCAAACUCAGUGUGUUCAAAACUAGUGAUUACUCCCCCCCCCCCCAAAAAAAAUCAUGUUCCUUUUCUUGUCUCCCAAGUUCUGUUAAAAAACAAGUAUACACAGAGUGCGUCCCUGCCUCACCAGGAAGCUAAAGUUCCCGUGGACUCAAAGUAGAAUUUCAUGAGAACAUAAUGGAUGGAGAAGAGAAAACCUAUGGUGGCUGUGAGGGCCCUGAUGCCAUGUAUGUCAAAUUGAUAUCUUCAGAUGGUUAUGAAUUUAUUGUAAAAAGAGAUCACGCGCUAACAUCGGGAACAAUAAAAGCCAUGUUGAGUGGCCCUGGUCAGUUUGCUGAGAAUGAAACUAAUGAAGUCAAUUUUAGAGAGAUCCCUUCACAUGUGCUAUCAAAAGUGCACAUGUAUUUUACCUACAAGGUUCGCUACACUGAGAGCUCCAUGGAGAUUCCUGAAUUCCCAAUUGCACCUGAAAUUGCACUGGAACUGCUGAUGGCUGCGAACUUCCUAGAUUGUUAAAUAAAAUAAAUUGUAAUAAACUGUUAACUUUUUU